AUGAUAAGCAACUACCUAGGACAAUGCAGAGAUCAAGGACAAUGCAGAGAUCAAGGACAAUGCAGAGAUCAAGGACAAUGCAGAGAUCAAGGACAAUGCAGAGAUCAAGGACAAUGCAGAGAUCAAGGACAAUGCAGAGAUCAAGGACAAUGCAGAGAUCAAGGACAAUGCAGAGAUCAAGGACGAUGCAGAGAUCAAGGACAAUGCAGAGAUCAAGGACGAUGCAGAGAUCAAGGACAAUGCAGAGAUCAAGGACGAUGCAGAGAUCAAGGACGAUGCAGAGAUCAAGGACAAUGCAGAGAUCAAGGACAAUGCAGAGAUCAAGGACGAUGCAGAGAUCAAGGACAAUGCAGAGAUCAAGGACAAUGCAGAGAUCAAGGACAAUGCAGAGAUCAAGGACGAUGCAGAGAUCAAGGACAAUGCAGAGAUCAAGGACUAAAAACUCUGAUUAAGGUAACUAGUAUCAGAAACCUCAGGCCAAUUUCAAUUCAACAUCUUAAAGAUAUUGUAACUUGUUAUAACCACAAAAUGUGUUAUUGUGAAAUUAUCUAUCUAAAUGAAUAUAAAGGUUAUUUACAAUUCAGUAUGAUUUAUGGCAACAUAUUAGAUAUAUUAAUUGAUUUUGUCAAUGAAAUAAUCAAUUAA